AUGACUAGUAAAAAUUCAGCGAAUAAAGAGUAUUUCGGUGGUGAAUCCACGGUAAUCUGCGAGCGAAUUUCAGGUCAAAUAGCGGUAAAGAAGAUAGUAACGGGUUGUAUGCCAAUUGCUGAAUUUAAUCCGAUUGAUGCUGGUCAUAAAAUAGCUGAAAUUCAAGUGGAUGACAAAGUAUUGUUAUUAAUAUAUACAUCCAAUGAUGAUUUGUCCCGAGACUUUAAUUUCCCAGCAGUAGAUAUUCUUGAUGAUGACAACCAUUAUAUAUUGUAUGAUGUAAAUGAAUUUCAUGGGAGAUGUGAAGACAAAAAUGGCGUGGGAGUAAUAACUAACUGUACUGAUUCCUGUGCUAAUUUGAAAUUAGCCUGCAGAGAGAUUAAAGUUCUGGAGGACAUUAGACACCCAAACAUCGUACAGUUAAUGGCAUAUUGCAUUGAUAAAAAUUCUGUACACUUAUUGAUGAAACUCUUCCACAGUUAUUCUCUUUCUGACGUAUUGUUUGAUAACGUAUUCGAAAAAGCAGCUGCUUUAACAAUAUUAAAAAAACAUAAAAUUGCUCAGCAAUUUUGUCAGGCUAUUAAUUAUUUACAUUUAAAAGAAAAUCAAAUAAUUCACGGUGACAUAAAGCCUGCAAAUAUUUUGUUACAUGCAAACGGAACUGUAAAAGUUUGCGAUUUAGGACUUACAAGGGGAGGAUACGACCUUGGGGAAACGGAUUUGGAUAAUCUUUGA